GAAAUUUAUUGAACACGCCACCCACAUCUAGAAUACAGCUUACAAAAACACUCUGUGCCUUUACGUACGUGUGUUUAGCCCCCGUUUCAGUUCGAAAAGACAAAAGCAAAUUGGGAUUAGCUUAGCAUCCGGCAAAGAUCUCCAACCCAUGACGCCAAAGAGUCUACAGUCUCCAUCAAGAUUACCCGAAAUGGACCCGGCAAUCUGGAGCCGUCUACCGGAGGAGUUACUGGAGCAUGUUCUAUCUUGCCUACCUUUAAAAACUUUCUUGAAUUUGAGAUCAACUUGCAAGCAUUUCAAGUCUCUUAUGUUUUCUCCCUCUUUCAUGUCCAAACACACGACUCGUGGCUCUCCUUUCUCUUCUUUUCUCUUGCUUUCUCACCCUCAGUUUUACCAGCAGUUCCCUUUAUAUGAUUCUAUCAUUGGCUCCUGGCGCCACUUAGCUUUAUCACUGUCUUUUUUGCCACCCGUUACCGGUUCUAAUGGCUCCCCAUCUUGUUCUCUUCUUUCAUCAUCUAACGGGCUCUUUUGUUUCUCUCUUCCCAGUUCAAAUUCUUUUCUUGUGUGCAACUUCUUGGCUAAAUCUUCUAGGAUUGUUGAAUUCCCUAGUUACCCUUUCUCUUUUGAGUCACUUGCCUUCGUGUCAAUGCCAUUUGGGUACAAGAUUUUUGUGCUAUGCUCUAAGUUCUCUUCCAAUUCUGUUUUUGUUUAUGAUUCCAAAGUUCAUUCUUGGCAAAAGUUUGAUCUCUUUGAGCCAAUUUUAGGCGAUAAUUAUCGUCAAGAAGGUGUGUUCUUUAAUGGGUCGUUGUAUUUUACCACCUCCGAGCCAUUUUCUAUAGUGCGCUUCGAUUUGGAGAGUGGUAGGUGGGAGCGAUUAGACAAUGAAUUGCCAGGGGACCUGACAUUUGUUAGGUUGGUGAGUGAUGGUGAAAAUAAGCUGUAUUUGAUUGGUGGGGUUGGGAGAAAUGGGAUUUCAAGGAGCAUGAAAUUGUGGGAAUUGGGUGAUGGAAGGAAUUGUAUUGAAGUUGAAAGUUUGCCUGAAAUGAUGUGUAAGAAGUUUUUUUCAGUUUGUUACCACAACUAUGAGCGUGUUUACUGCUUUUGGCAUCAGGGGAUGAUCUGUAUCUGCUGCUAUACUUGGCCAGAGAUAUUGUAUUGCAAGGUGUCACGGAGGACUUGGCAUUGGCUCCCAAAAUGUCCUUCGUUGCCUGAGAAGUGGAGCUGUGGCUUCAGGUGGUUUUCUUUUGUUCCAGAGUUGUAUGCUACAGUUUAAGGCAUUUGUAGUGUUUCUUGGUCUAUGUGUGAGGGUGUUUAUUUAUUUUAUUUUUCCUGGAAUGGUACGUUCUUUUGUAACUUAUCAGAUUCUGCUUGUUUGUACAUAAAGUUCGUGGCAUUGAAAUUUGCUCUGUUAGGAUUUGAUUCUGUUUCUAUUCAGGAAUCUGAGUUUUGUGUU